GCAGGCCUGGUGUGCUGCCGUCCAUGGGGUCACAAAGAGUCGGACACGACUGAGCCACUGAACUGAACUGGACAGGGAGAACAUGGAUACAGCACUAGACACAAUGAGUCUGGUAUCGGGGUGAAGUUGGUCUCAAAUAAUAGUGGUAGUGGCGCUGGUUGGCAUUGGUGACAGGUGGGAUGUACCCACUGAAGAAGAGGAGGAAGUCCAGGAUAAGUCAUAAGUUUUGAGUCUGCAGGAUCCGGAGAGGCUGUGUUGCCACUGAGAGAAAUCGGGAUUUGGUUAAGGAGAAGGCAUUCUGCCUUUGAUGAGUUUAAAAUAAGAGAGCCAUAUAAGACAAAGGGCUUUCCUUGUAUCUCAGUCGGUAAAGAAUCUGCCUGCAAUGCAGGAGACCUGGGUUCAAUCCCUGGGUUGGGAAGAUUCUCUGGAAAAUCUCAUGGACAGAGGAGCCUGAUGGGCUGCAAUCCAUGGGGUCGCAAAGAGUCAGGCACGACUGAGCAACUAACACUUACUUAUAAGACAAAAGAUAUGAUAGGCUCAGAGUCAGGCCCACUCAGGGUACAAUGGGCAAAGCAACUGUGAUGCUCUUAAAUCAUUCACGCCACUCAAACCAUUUCCUCCCUCUCUGAAACAUAUUUCCACCUACCUUUCAGUGAACGUAAACCAACAAUGUUAAGGAAAAACAACAAAUCAGACUCAGCUUGUUCUGGCAAAGGCUGGGUUCAGCUCAGUUAGUUCUCCUCUCAGACUUCACCCUGUGUUCUGGCUUCUUGUUUGCUCUUGACAGUCUCAUUUUGAGGGUUUAGCAACCUCCCAAGCCAUAUUGCAGUCCCUCUCCUACCUAAUGGUCACCCAGAGGGAAUAGAAGGCCUCUGUUUUUUUUGUAGUGGAUCCCCCAAUGGCAUAUCUGCACCCUGCCCAAUGUAGACAUCCAGGGAAGCCACCCCAUGAUGCUGUAAUCUGGCCCCCAAAGGUUCAUUCCUGCAAAGUGCAGGUCGAGUUAUUGUGAGACCUUGAAAUCUGAUCCAGAAGUGGGCAGAGGAUCCUUACAGUAGAGCUGAGUUUGUGUUAUGGAAGAUUUGGCCCCAAAGGUGUGCUUCGCUUACACCUCUCAAAGAGCAGGUGAGCUUUUCUGCUUUUCUAACUUGGGAAAACAGAAUGUAAAGCCACCCGUCUGUGGGGAAAUGGGCUCCUGUGACACCCCGAAGCAUUAAAAUGAAACGAGAUGGGUAACUCUCGUUUGCUGUCUCUCAACUCUUAACCAUCAUGAUCCCAGAGUCUCUUGGAACUGAAACAUUCCAUGAUAUGACCUUAUGUAUUUUCCCUAAAAAGAAAACUGCCUUUUGGAAAUGCCUAGCCCCUAUAAGUAAGCUUUCUAAGAAAACUGCUUAAUAGCUCAUUUGCCUUCUAAAACAAAAUUCUGAUUGCCAUUUAGAAAGCCACACACAUGAUUACAUGAUUUGACCUGCACAGUCUUACCUUUUAAGAUGGAAACUGCUUGGAAAGGGCUUUUACUUGGGGACGGAUGGCAUGCAUGCGUCUGUUCUACUGCUUUCCUGCCCCAAUAAAUGUGUCCUUCUGUGCACUGCUGUGCAUACUCCAUGGCUCACUACAUUUUGCCCGAUGCUGUUUGUGGAAUGCAAAGACUGCGAGACCAACCCCCCCACCCCUGGCUUCCUGUAGCACUGUUCCUACAUGCCCCCAGAACCCCUUCCCUCCCCGAGUUCUUGAGUGCUUCGCCAUCAGCAGCCUCACCCAAGGUUCCGCCCCGAGUUCCAAACCAGCCACGAGCUUCAGAUGCCCCGGGUUCAGUGUAGAUGGCGCAAGUAGGCGUCAAAGAGGUUGGCUUCUAGUUGGUGGUUGCUAGUACCAGGUCCCCUGGCUCAUGGGUGUGUUCAAUCCAAGGCCCAAAGUCACACCUGUGUCCUGUGCACGGGUGCUGCAGGCUUAGGUGGAGAAAAGCAGGGCUAGCAUUGGACCCCAAAGCCCAGGAUGGCAGGACAGGAUGUGGGGGCCCCACCCGAUCGCCUCUGGGUUCACCAAGAGGGUGUCUACCGCGACGAGUACCAGCGCACAUGGGUGGCCGUCCUGGAAGAGGAGACGAGCUUCCUAAGGGCCCGAGUUCAGCAAGUUCAGGUUCCUUUAGGUGACGCAGCCAGGCCAAGCCACCUUCUCACCUCCCAGCUACCUCUCAUGUGGCAACUCUACCCCGAGGAGCGCUACAUGGACAACAACUCUCGCUUGUGGCAAAUCCAGCAUCAUUUAAUGGUCAGGGGCGUACAGGAACUGUUGCUUAAGCUUUUGCCUGAUGAUUAACCGGGUGCUGGGAUUCUAGGAAGAGAUGCUCCACUGUUCUGUUCAUUUUCUGGAUAUGCCGCAGAAGGAUCCGUGCCAGAAACAAGCCUGUGAAAUACAGAAAUGUUUACAAGCCAACAACUACAUGGAAUCUAAGUGUCAGGCUGUCAUCGAAGAACUGCGUAAGUGUUGUGCUCGAUAUCCCAAGGGAAGAUCUCUCAUCUGCUCAGGAUUUGAGAAAGAAGAGGAAGAAAAGCAGAC